GGGGAAAGGGGACACGGGAAGUGUAACGCGGCAGAGACAGAAGGAUAGACGGAGACGCGGCGGUCGAGCUGGUGGAAGUGGGACAGCGCUAAACGGAAGCGAGAAGAAGCGAGCGGGACGGAGCGAGAGAAUGCGACGAGGGCGAGAAGGAGAGAGCGAGGGACCGUAGCCGAGUUCGGCCAAUCGGGUCGCGCGGCUCGCGCCUAUCGGGCGUGUAGGGUGGUUUCACGGCGCCCCGCGCGUCAUUCGUCGACUCGCCUCGGCCGGCGUCGAGCUCGUUGCGCCCGAUGAGGAGGUUAGGUCGUACGUUUCUUCGCGCCACUGAGACACCUCGGACUCCCGGUGAGAACGAUCUCGACGUGCGCGCGUGAGAAAGGAAGAAAGGAACUCCGAGUGCCGAUUCUCACCGUCACGCUUGUGAUAUUCGUGCGCGCGCGUGUGUGCCCGCGCGUCUCGACGGCGCGCGCGUGUUCCAAACGUAUAAAUAAUGUCGAGCAGUGUGUGUCACGCGCCCCUGCCAGCACGAAUGGAAGCGUUCACCACGAGGCUCUGCCUGCGUGCGGUCGAUCAGUAUGAGCGACUUCUGCAGACGCACUUCAACAAGCCCUCGAGCAAGGAGCAAACACGGCUGAACAGUCAUGAUUCGAUGGGCAACAAGGACCACCGUCGGCAGAAAGAUGGAUCCAGUGGCGGUGGGAGCAGCGGUAGCAGCAGCAGCAGCACCUACAGCGCCUUCCGUCAAUGGCGACGGAGUACUUCGAUCGGGUCUCACAGCAACCGAUCCAACAGCGCUGGCUCCAGAUCGUCUAGCUCGUUCACCAAAUUGCCCAAUGACCCAGCCACCCUACGGAAAAUGGAACAGUUCCCCUUGGUCCUGUCCGACGCGACCAUGCCGGACGAGGAUCUAUCCCUGAAAUUCCUCGCCCUGAAUGCUCUGGAUCUGACGGCACCGGCCAGCGACGUGCUCUUAAAGAAUCGACUGAAGUCCUGGUUUCAAUUGUCAGGCCAUCCGGAUGGCUUUGCGCCCGCCGGUCCCGGUACUGUUUGGAAGAGGAAAACAGGCGGCGCCGAGAACACGGAACGUCUUGUUUACGAGACCCUGAGCAAGGAGGAAGCGCUGCGAGAUUGCAUACCGAGAUAUUAUCGGGAAGUCGAGUACAAGGGCGAUACGUUCAUCGAGCUGCAGGAUUUGCUCUUUGGUUUCAACGAUCCGCACGUCAUGGACAUCAAAAUGGGUACCAGGACCUUCCUCGAGUCCGAGGUGUCCAAGACCACCGCUAGGCCGGACCUCUAUCAGAAGAUGAUAGCCGUCGAUCCGGACGCGCCGACCCAGCUGGAGCACGAGCAACGCGCCGUGACCAAAUUACGGUACAUGCAGUUCCGCGAGCAGCAGAGCUCGACCUGCAGCCACGGUUUUCGCAUCGAAGCGAUGAAACUGCCGGGUGCACCGCCGAUCACCGAUCUCAAGAAGGUCAAGUCGCAUUCGGAGGUGCUCGACACCAUAAGACAAUUCCUCGGCAGACGCGAGGACACCCGUCAAAAGAUCCUCGCGCGUCUCAGGAACCUGCGAACCAAGAUUGAGAAAUCAAAGUAUUUUGAAACUCACGAGGUAAUCGGCAGUAGUAUUUUCAUAAUUUACGACAGCGAAAAGGUGGGCGUUUGGCUAAUAGAUUUCGCAAAGACACGAGAGGUGCCGGAUGGGCGGAAGCUCACACACAGACGUCCUUGGGAAGAAGGUAAUCACGAAGAGGGUUUCUUGUACGGAUUGGACAACUUAAUUUCAACCAUCGAAGAAGUCUGUCUUUCUACAUAAAUAUUUUCGAUGUUUGCGCACGACGGAAUUCAGAAACUUUUCUACGCUAACGAAACAUCGUUUACUCAUGUACAUAUCGAGUGAAAAAAAAGUAUUCGUAUUCUAUCGCGUUUAUAGUGAUUUUUAAUUAAAUAUAAGUGCAUCAGUAUCGCCAGAACAUCAAAAGGAAGAUUAUAUCAUGUAAGUGAGUAAAGAGUGAUGACCGCGCCGAAAAAUGGUGUACCAGCUCACAUGUGUUUAGCUCACUUUUGCUCACUUUUUGAUCUUGUGAAUUUUCAGAUAUGUUUAUCGUCAUUAUUUAUGUCAUCGAUAUGUACAUAUAUUGGUAUUUAACUCUAAGUCGAAGACUGCUUUCUAUUGCAUUUCACGCGCAUUUUUCUAAGAGACCAAAUUCGCAGCAUAUUGCCCUGUGUACAAACGUGUAAUGUACAAAAAUAGCUUUUAAGAUAGUGAUAAGUAAUCUAAUAUGGUAAGCGAGGCUUAUUUAUGAGGAGUGCUUACGUCGAAUAAUAAUAAUAACGUUCUUACUUUUUUUAAAGAGUACUUGUCUUCAAUCGCUUCGUGUUUGAAAUUGUAGGCGUAAAUAAAUAAUCUUCGUAUAUA